ACACCAACACUGAAGCACACAAGAUCAAUCGAUCACAAACUCUUCAGCUAGCAGCCUAGCACUCCACACCGACGCACAGGUAGCAAAGCUAGCAGCAAUGGAGGUCGGCGGCGGCGGCAAGCACUUCGUGCUGGUGCACGGUCUCUGCCACGGCGCGUGGUGCUGGUACAAGGUUGCCACCGUGCUGGAAUCCGCCGGCCACCGCGUGACGGCGCUGGACCUGGCGGCGUCUGGCGCGCACCCGGCGCGCUUGCACGAGGUGCGCUCCUUCGAGGACUACUCGCGCCCGCUGCUGGACGCGGUCGCCGCGGCCCCCGACGGCGACAGGCUGGUCCUAGUCGGCCACAGCCACGGCGGCCUCAGCCUGGCGCUCGCCAUGGAGAGGUUCCCGUGCAAGAUCGCCGCCGCCGUGUUCGUGGCCGCCGCGCUGCCGUGCGUCGGCAAGCAUAUGGGCGUCACCACUGAGGAGUUCAUGAGAAGAACGGCUUCUAAAGGGCUGCUCGUGGACUGCCAAGUGGUGGCCAUCAACGACGGCGCCGGCACCGGCGCCAGCAGUGAAGGUGCCGGCGGGAAGAAAGGGGUAGCGAUCGUGAUGGGUCCAAGGUUCAUGGAGAAGAAGUACUACCAAGAGAGCCCGGCGGAGGAUCUGACCCUGGCGAAGCUGCUGGUGAGGCCCGGCAACCAGUUCCUUGACGACCCGGUGAUGAAGGACGAGGCGCUGCUCACGGCCGCCAACUACGGGUCCGUCAAGAAGGUGUUCGUGGUCGCCAAGGCUGACGAAUCCAGCACGGAGGAGAUGCAGCGCUGGAUGGUGGAAAUGAGCCCCGGCACGGAGGUCGAGGAGAUCGCUGGCGCCGACCACGCCGUCAUGAACUCCAAGACCAAGGAACUUUGCGACGUCCUUGGGAGGGUAGCCAGCAGAUACGACUAAAAAUAUGGGAACGACUAUUGUUGCCGCGUGUAGUACCAGCCCUAUAUUUAUGUCAUGAACAUUGCUUAUAUUUUUAUAUUAUUUAUAUUUGAUGAAUAAAUAAAAUGCCUCAGCUUACUUUGAGUUA